CAGCUCCGCAGUACGGAUUUCAAUUCAAUUUCUUCAUCGCUCGCGCUGCCAUCGCUCGUUGCCCCUUGUGUUGGGGGCAAGAAAUAAAUCGGAGAACGCAACGUUCCGCAGGCCCACGGAUCGGAUCGCUCUGUUUAAAAGAACACGUUUUGCUCCUCCUGGAAGCUCGCGGAAGAGAAUAUACUUUUGUGGUGAAGUGCGCGUCGCUACUCUCCAGCGGCCUAUUUACUUUUCCAGUACAAUCGCCCUUGUGGCGCAUUUGAAUAGCUGGCGUUGUUUGUUUGUUUGAUGCUUGUACCAUAACAAAGAAGCAGACCCAGCAGAACGGGAGUGCGGCCCAAAGUCUCUGUCUGAGUGCCAAAGGUUUAGUGUGUUUAGUGUGGACGCGCCAGGUGUGCGAGUGGAAGCCAAAGCGGAACAGCGGACUGUCUCUGACAGUGGCCAAAUGAAACAAUGAAAAUAAUCCCAAAAUAACACGUUGCUGCUGCUACUGCUAAUGCCUUGUGCUUUUCUCGGAGGAAACUGCAGAAAUUCAAAGGUCUGAACUGAGCCAAAACCAAACGCAGUUGCUAAUUGUGAUUGUAUUUAACGACACUUUCCCAGCGGAAAAAUCAAUUAAUUGAGCCAAAUACUGUCAUAUGCCAACUGCACCCUUAUCUAAUAAGUAAACUACAUAACAAAAUGGACGACUUGCAGGCCUCCAGUGUCCCGCUGGUGGAGAAGUGCUCCUCCCAAGCCGUCAUCUUGUCGACCAGGAGCCCCAACAAAGUAGCAGAUUCGACUGUCUCCACGGUACCGAACUCCGUGCUCUUCAUGGCUGGCCGAAACAUGCAGCCUAGCCUGUCUCCAGGAUCGGCUAAUCCCGUCGCCUCCAGUCCAAGUCCCAAUAAGGGGGCAGUACCACUGUUAAACCAGCUGAAGCUGACCGACGACCUCAAAAAAAGCAACCACGGGUCCCAGAAUAAUCUUUGUAAUGGCGGCCCAGCGACGAAAAGCCCAGACAACCGCCCUCUGCCCAUGGUGGUCAGCGCCAGCGGGUGCAGCGGCAGCCCCAACGGUCAGAAAAAGGGCACCAUAGCUCUCUCCCAUCUGCCCCAGCGCCCGCCGGUGGACAUCGAGUUCUGCAAUAUAUCCUACUCAGUCGCUGAUGGCCAUCGGCGAGGCUUCAAGACGAUCCUAAAAAGCGUGUCGGGAAAAUUCCGAAACGGCGAGAUCACGGCAAUCAUGGGACCCUCUGGAGCCGGCAAGAGCACACUGAUGAAUAUCCUUGCCGGAUACAAAACUGCCCAUCUCAGUGGAUCGGUGAUGAUAAACAGCAAGGAGCGGAACUUGCGCCGUUUUCGUAAGCUCUCCUGCUACAUUAUGCAGGACGAUGUCCUUAUCGCCAACUUGACUGUCCGCGAGGCCAUGAUGGUCGCCGCCAAUCUUAAGUUGGGAAAGAACAUGAUCAGUUACGCCAAGGUGAUGGUGGUUGAGGAGAUCUUGGAAACCAUUGGGCUGAAGGAGUCGGUCAAUACCUUAACCUGCAACUUAUCCGGCGGCCAGCGAAAGCGUUUGUCCAUUGCCCUGGAGCUAGUUAAUAAUCCUCCCGUGAUGUUCUUCGACGAGCCCACCUCCGGCCUCGACAGCUCCACCUGCUUCCAGCUCAUUUCGCUCCUGAGGUCGCUUGCCAGGGGAGGCAGGACAAUAGUCUGCACCAUCCACCAGCCAUCGGCGCGCCUUUUUGAAAAGUUCGACCACUUGUAUCUGCUGGCCCAGGGCCAGUGUGUCUACGAAGGAAGGGUUAGGGGGUUAGUGCCCUAUCUAUCGUCCUUGGGAUACGAGUGCCCCUCGUACCACAACCCCGCGGAUUACGUCUUGGAAGUGGCGUCGGGUGAGUACGGCGACGCCGUACCCAAACUGGUGGAGGCGGUUAAGAGCGGAGCCUGUAAAAAGUACACUCACAAGGACUAUCUUCAGUCUCUGACUCAAAAGAAGUCAACGAUAAACGAUAUUGCAAAGGGCAGCGAAAGUGGGCCUGUAACCGCGACUUUGGCUACAUUCACGAUGGAAGAUGAAAAGCCUUCUUUGGAAGACAGGCAACCCGAACCGACGCCCCUGGAUGAUCCAGCGGAGCUUAAACCACCGAAGCUUGAGACGCAGCAGUCGCAGAAUUCGGACUGCAGCGUCAUAAACAUGCCCACAACCGCCCUGGACGACAGCUGCAGCUUUAGCUCCUCCAAAGGCACUCAGAAUGCAGUGGGAUCCGGAUCGGGUAGACCCAGUGGCGUUGUGGGAUGCAUGACCUCAUUGCUGGACUCUCACGAGAGUGUGGUGACGCUCCCCAACAAGACGGGCUUUCCGACAAGUAGCUGGACGCAGUUCUGGAUUCUCCUUAAGCGAUCCUUCCGUACUAUUCUGCGCGACAGGAUGCUGACCCACAUGCGGCUCUUCUCGCAUGUCAUCGUGGGCGCCAUUAUCGGGAUGAUCUACUACGAUGUGGGUGGUGAGGCCAGCAAGAUCAUGAGCAACGCUGGGUGCAUAUUCUUUGUAUCCCUGUUCACUACGUUUACGGCGAUGAUGCCUACCAUCCUUACUUUUCCCACUGAAAUGUCCGUGUUUGUACGCGAGCAUCUCAACUAUUGGUACUCCCUGAAGGCAUUUUACUUUGCCAAGACCAUAGCGGACAUGCCCUUUCAGAUCGUCUUCUCCAGCGUCUAUGUUCUAGUGGUCUACUAUCUCACCUCGCAGCCGAUGGAAUUGGAACGGGUGUCGAUGUUUGUGCUUAUAUGCGUGCUCAACUCACUAGUGGCGCAGUCGCUGGGGCUGCUGAUCGGGGCGGGGAUGAACAUCGAAACUGGUGUCUUCCUCGGGCCUGUUACCACGAUACCCACGAUACUGUUUUCGGGAUUCUUCGUGAACUUUGACACAAUCCCCGGGUACUUGCAAUGGGUCACCUACGUCAGCUACGUCCGUUACGGCUUUGAGGGUGCUAUGGUGGCCAUAUACGGCAUGGAUCGAGAAAAACUGCAAUGCAACCAGAUCUACUGCCACUACCGCUCACCCAAAAAGUUUCUCGAGGAGAUGUCCAUGGACAACGCCCUGUUCUGGGUGGACGCCGUGGCGCUGGUUGGAAUCUUCUUCGCCCUGCGGAUCAUUGCUUAUUUCGUGCUGCGUUGGAAACUGCACAUGAUUCGCUAAGCGAUUGGAUUUGUCGAUAAUCUAGGCUAUAAUGUAUCCCUUGUGUUAGAUCACCUGUAUAUAGAACGAACUCCAGGAGAUAAAUAGGAUAGACAUUUACAAUUACUGAUCGGCAGAGUUGAAAAUUUUGCAUAGUUUUAGCCGCUAUACUAAGUAGCUCUCCCCACAUACCAAACAUCACAAAAAUACUUAUGUACGUGUAUCAAGGAUUCUAAAUUAUGGCCACAUUAAGCUGUUCUGCGUAUAAUAGAUAAAUAAUAGAAGUUACAUAGGUCUACAUGUAAAUCUAGAAAUAGACACAGAAACACCGUCACACACAGUCGCAAUCACACCCACAUACUCCUGCAUCGAUUAAGAUAUAAUUCUUGUGACCAAGCAGAAGAGUCUGAACUAACUAGGCUGAAACACUUAAAAAAACGUAGAAAACUUCGGAGUACUUACUCCUCAGAGUACAUACAACAAUUGGAGCCAAAGCCAAAAUCUGAAAAUAAUUUUCUCCCAACGUUCUUCAACGUCCGUCCCUGUGUUUUACACUCAGUUCAUCUUUAUCCGAGAAUGGGAAGUUUAUCCUUUUGUCGCUUUUGGUAUUAACUACCUUACAACCGAAUCCAGAAUACACAUUCCAAAGAGGACCUUUGAACCAGCAAUAGAAGGGAAGUGGAGAAAGUAGUGGGGAGCAACGGAGAUGGAAACGGAAACUGUUUUCAUUAUUUUGUGAUAGAAGUGAAUCGAUGGAGGGAAUGGAAUAGAGUAGGGAAGCAUAAGUAGUUAACUGGUGAUAUAAAGCAAUUACUGUUUACAAAGUCGUGUACUUGUGAACGAGAGAAAUGCAAUAACGUUUACGGGCUACGGUGUAUUUGUGAUUAUUACCUUUUAUUUACCUAUUACCUUAAUUUUCUUAGUUUCAUUAAUGCCCUAUUGAUUGUAAUGCCAAAAUAAAUACAACUUUUCUUUAAACGAAA